AUGAGAAGAAAGAGAAGAUUAAUUGACGAUGAAGAUUAGAGUGAUGAGAAACUCAGUGCUUUUGAUGAAUUCAAGCAAAAAAUUUUUUAUACUUUUUCAGAAAUAUUAGAUUGCAAAUAAAUCUCACCACCAUUAGCCAUUUUUAUGAUUAUUUUUUCAUAUCUUUAAGUUAUUUCUCUUACUUGCAAUAGCUAUAACGUAUACCUAAAUAACUCUCUUUUUGGACUAAUUCUGCCAUUAAUAGGAUACACUUUGCUUUUUCCUUAAAUUAUUAAUUAGCAAAACUUAUUCUUUAACUAUGCAAUGCUUAUAUUAGGAUUGACUGUUUCUGUGUUCAUAAUUUGGGGUAUGUAUUACGUAUAUAAAUGUCCUAAUUAAGAGGAAGUUUAUAUUAGAUAAUUUAAGAGUAGUUUAGGGUUAAUUUAUGAUGCCUUUGAUAAAAUUGUUUUUAUGCCUUUAAUGGGUUUAAUUCUUGCAAAUUUUUUCUGCUAGCUUAACGUAACAUGCUUUUCAACAACACACAUCAUUUUGAUUAUUUUUUCUGUCAUAGCUUUUUGUCUAAUGAUAGGGCUAGAGAUAUUAUAUAACUUUAUGUUUUUUAACUUUACGUUUAAGAGUUAAGAUAGCCUCUCUAGAAAUCCCUCAGAUUUAAAUAUGACCUCAAUCGUUUUUAAAUUGAUAUCUCUACUGACCUACUUGAUACUUAAUCUAUCGGAUCACACAUAACUUCUUGAAUAGAUGCUAGUCAUGAUCGUAAUCUCUUUUUUCAUAAUGUUAGAUACCCUAAGCACUUACCCUUAUCAUUUAAAAUCUGUUUCUAAAACUAAUUGCAUAAUGGUCACUACUUUUUUUUGGGUUAAUGCAUCAAGUUUUUUUGUAGAAGCUUCUAACAUCUCGUUAUUUUAGUAAAAUGCACUUUUACUUGUUGGAUUAGGUGCAGUCUUUUUUGUAAAGCUUCAGCUCAAUAGAGUAUCCUACACAGCAAAUAAUGUUAUGAUAUCAGAAUUAAUAGCUAUAGAUACUGAUAUUUUCCUUGAUAUGAAAGUUAGGGUAUAUCAUACCUUAUCUUAGAAUUUGCACAUUAAGAAAUCUGAGCUUUUACUUGCUUCUUUACUUAAAAUUCACCACGACAAAUGUGUUGAUCCUAUGUGUCCCUGUUAGAGAAGAAAUUAUCUUUAUGAUCCAAAAAAUUUAAGUUAUGGUGAUUCAAAAAUAUAAUUUCAUAAAGAUGAUGUUUUUGUAAAACACUUUGUCAAUAAAAUGAUCAAAGAUGGCUUAAAGAAGUUUAAAACAUCUAAAAUAGCUAAUCUAGAUAAUCUAUUUUAUCAGUUUGAAUUCUUAUGCUUAUACACUCCUCUUUAUACUCAGUCACAUUAGUUUAGAAAAAUGUAUGGAGACAAUUUAGGUGCUAGCAUUGACUUCAUUCUAUAUUGUCUUUAGCAAAAAAUUUUUAAAUACAUAUACUAUAAGAACAUUAAAAAUCCUGUAAGCGAGUCAUUAUAGAUAGAAAAUGUAAAAGAGUUUGAUAAAGGGUUGAAGAAAAUUAGGGAAUCGAUAAGAGAUGUUUCAUAGCAUUUUUCAGAUCUCUGGGAAACUUUGAUCGAUCAAGUUCCAGACCUUUCUAAACUUUUGCAAGUUUGUAAUAAAAAUUUUUAAGAGAUCAAAUAAACUUAGGAUAUGUUUUAAGAUUUAACUCUUCUGAACAACACAUCAAUUGAAUUGAAAGUUUUGAUGGAAAUUUAUUCUAAUUAAAUUGUAUUUGAUGAGCUACUUUCACUUUAAGUUUAGAAGUCGAUCCAUAUGAGGUCUUAGCUAGAAGUAGGAAAUUCAGUCAAUUAGGAUCUAGAUUUUUUAAUUAAGAAAUACAAUAUUUAUGAUGAUAAUAUUUGUGUGAUAAGUUUAUCUAGUAGGUUUGAAACGAUGAGUUAAAUCACUUGGUGCUCUCACAAUGUAGAUUAAAUUUUAGGAGUGAAUUCAUUUAGUUUAAAAGGAAGAAGCAUAAAUGAUUUUAUGCCAUCAGUUUUUUCAUCUUUUCAUGAUCAAAUUCUAAAACACUUUUAUAAUACUGGUUAAGAAACUACAAUCAAUAAUAUUAUGCAUACAUGGGCAUUAGAUUAGCAGGGAUAUCUUUUUAGUGCGAAUAUUUUUGCAAAAAUUAUCCCACUUUAAAAAGAUAUUGAAAUCAUGAGUCUCAUCCAUAAACUAAAUAGUAUGGAUUAUAUAUUAACAGAUUCUGAUGGAGAAAUAAGUGGUUUUGGAAAAAAAUUUGCUAAUAUUUUAAACAUAACUCCAAAGGAAUUUUCAAAAUUUAAGCUAAACAUUUAGUUAAUCGCUCCAAAGUUAAUGUCUGUAUACAGAGACUAUUUUGUUGAUUUGGAAGAAACCUACUAAACUCAGAGACCAAUUCAAAACAAUAAAAAAAUGGCAGUUUUAGGAUCCGAUAUUUAAUCUUCUGUAAAAGAAAUUAAAUUCAUAGUAUUUAUUCCUUAGAACUUUACUGAUGUUUUGCAAGAUCAUUAAGAAAAAAAAGAUGAGCUUUUUUCAACAUUUUUCAAUUUGGAAGAAGAUAUUCUAAGAUAAAAGUCUAAAAUGGAUCCAAAAAUUUUAUUCGAAUUCAAAAGUAUUUAUUUUAAUUAUAUUUAAUAUGGACUGAGGAAAAUUAACUGGAAAAAAUUGUAAUCUAUAAUCAAAAUGAGAGCAACUAUUCAAACUUUUACUUUUUAUAAUGGACAUAAUAUGCAAAGUGUGAAAGCAUUGAAGAUAAUGCAUUAUGAAGUAAAAAAACCAGAUUAUGAAUACAUGCAGAAAAUGAAAAAAAGAUAAGAUGAUCUAAAGGGAGUUAUUACCGAAAUGAACAAAAUGAUUGAUGAUUAAAAAAAAAAGAAGUUUAAAGCUCAGAAUGAAGAAGAACAAAUUGCUUUAGAAAUUAAAGAAAAAGUUGAUGAUGGAGUUUAAGAAAAAAGAAAAUAGCAAUACAAGAAAAGACUCAAAAAUGUCUUAAGUUUGUUUUAAAGAUCUGGUUCAGCUUAAUUUACUAAUCUUGGCAGCUUGUAACCUGCUGAUAUCAAGCCAGAUUCAAAAGUUUCAACUCCUUAAAAUAGCUAAAAAUUACAAACUCCACAACAUAAAUAAUAAAAACCCUCACCAGGUUAGUCUGGAUAGCAAAACCAAAAUAAUGAAGAAAGAAUAGAUGUUGAAGUAAAAAAGGCAAUUAUUGGGUUACUUAGGCCAUCGACAUAAAAUAACUACGUUUAGACAGUUAUAAGGUAGGCAAGAUUAAGUUAAAUGAUUUAAAUAUAGGGUUUAAAAAAGGAAGAAAAACGAAAACAAAUUAAUUACAGAAAAUAGCCUUCAAAUUCGUAGUCAGAGUCUUCACCUAAAUCUAAUUAACAUAUCUUCAGCCAUCAAACUUCAAAAGUUGAAGAUUUUUCAAAUUAAGGUUCAGUUAUUUCAAAAGAAUAAGAUAAAUAGGUAUAAAAACCAAUAACUCCUGCUCCUGCUCCUGAUAGAAAAACCAAAAAGAACAUGUUUAUUAAAAAAAAUGUUGUAGAAAAUUUUUAUCCAGAAUAUGAUGAAGAUUUGCAUCUUCCUGUUGCUUCUAAAUUUAGGCAAAUACUCAUAAAUAAAAGAAUAAUAGGUAAGAAAAAAGGAAGUCAUUUUUAUCAGAACUAAGGAAAAACUAAAAGAAGAGAAAGUGGUUUGAUGUUUGACUUUGGUGAAGCAUAACACUCAGAAUAUAAUAAUACUAAUGCUGCCAUUACGAUGACAGAAAAUGAAAUUAAUAUAAAUUUAAUAGAUUAAGAUGAUGAAAAUAAAUAAGAAGAUUAAAAUUAAGUCUAAGUUUAAGAAAAUAAUUUCAAAUACUAAGGAUUUGAAAAAUAGAGAAGCAAAAUAAAAUCUUCAGAAGGAGAUAAGAGUCCUAAUUAUAAGGAUACAAAAGAAAUAAAAAAUGUGAUUAGUUAGGGGGAUUAUAAAAGAUAAAGAUCUGGAUCUAAAGUAGUAACCUAACAAGAUAGAAAUACAAAUGGAAGAAAGCUUAGCAAAAUGGGAUUGUUUUAAAAGUAAGGUUCUUAAAGCAAUGGAUUCAACAAAUUAAGGAGUAAAAUGAAAAAUGGACAAUUAAUAAAAUAACUUAAAAGCUUUGACAAAGAAAAAGAUGGUAGUCCAUCAAACUAAGGCAAUGGCUUAGUCACUGAAUAAAAAAAAGUUGAAAAAUCAGAUUCAAGUUCAGAAGAAGAUGUAAAUGCAGAGGAACUUAAAAUUUUGCUUAAAAGUGAGAAAUCGAAUCAUUCUGAUAAAGAAGAGAGAAAUUUAAUUGAUAAUCUUGAAAAAAGAGAUGUAUAAGAUGAAGAAAAAGCAGUUGCUUAAAGUGUUAAUUCAACAAACAGCUCAAUUAAUACUUAAAAUGCUUUAAGAUUGCUUAGAGUUUCAUUGUAAAAUAUGAAAUUGCCUCUUGUACUUAUUAUAGCAAAUUACUGUGUUAUUAUAAUGUGUAUUUUAGUUUUUGCUUUAUCGUUGACACAGUUAAUAACUACAUAGAGUAGCUAUACAGAUAUUAAAAAUCAGGUGAAUAUUCUUGAUAACAUAGCUGCUUACAGUGAGAACACUACCUAAUUUUAUUAUUACUAUAGGGAUCUAUAUUUUGUUUAAAAUAAAUAUCUUGAUAAUGCUUUAUAUGAUUAAAGUUGGUGGACAAAUCAACAACAGUUAAUUUUUAAUGCUUCUCUUAACUUUAUUAACUUUUCUGUUAAUGACUUAAGUCAAGCUGGUGGAUAAGAAAUUUAAGGAAAGGAUGUAAGAUUUUAUCUGUUUGAGCAAAUGGAUGCUAUAAUGCUGAUAGAUUAAAACCCGAUCUAGAUAAAUAUUGACUUUUAAAAAUAUAUAAGACUAUUCAUGAAUGCAGUUAAUAGCACAAUUUACUAUACUAGAAAUAAGUUUGAUAAAAAAGCAAUUUCUAAAGAUGAUUUUUUGUAUUUUAUUUUCUCAAAUUUUAAUCUGGAUGAUAAAUAGAACGAAUUUAACUUUUCAGAAGCAAUGAAUUUAAUUGACAAAAGUAUGAAAUAGCUAUUCAGUACUUUUGUCAGUUUAUGGACAUUUACAUUUACUCUGAUAGCAGGAUGUGUUUUGGCUAUUUAUCCUAUCAUCCUAAAAUCAAGAAUUAAAAUUCAUGAUAGUUUAGUACUGUUUACGAAAAUAUCAAUACGUGAUGUUGAAAAUUACUAUACUCAUUACAAAAAUAUUACGUACUUUUUCUCUACCUUUAUAAGCAUUAGAUAAUUAUCAAGAGAUGUUGAGAGUUUUUUAGAGGGAGAAUAAAUUCUUUAAUUUAGACAAAGAAAAGAAAAUGAUAAUAAGUCAAUAUCUCGUUCUCGUAAGUAUAAAGGAGUUAAAAUAGAUAGAUUGAGUUUCUUCUUUCAAAUGCUUGUAGUAUAUGUUUUUUUCACAUCCUUUGCCAUUUUAAAAGAUAUUAAAAUGAUUUUCUUUAUAACUAAAACCGAAGACUACAUAAGAGCUCAAAUAAACUAAUAGCAAGUUUACUACUAAUUCUAAAACAGAGUAAUUGGCUACAAAUAAUAUUUAUCUGAUUUCCAAGAUGAAGAAAAUCCGUCUUAAAUUGAAAUAGAUUCAAAUAAUCUUUAAGAUUAGAUGAAAGGAAAUAUUACUUAGUUAUUGAUGGAUAACUAUUAACUAUAUGGAUAAAUUGAUCAAACAUAUAUUCAAUUCGUAAAUAACCUAAUGACAGAACCUGUUUGUUAAAUGUUGAAUCUUCCUUCAAACGAUCCAUGCUAUAAUUUGUAAGAUAGUCUACUUUCUAAGAGCUUUUAGAAUUUCUUUAUAUAUUCUGAGAAUCUUUUUUUAAAUGGGUAUGAGCACGUCAAAACUGUUUACUAAUAAUAAGGAUUUUAAAAAGCAUAAACUGAGUCGAUUAUGCAGAUUAAUGAUACAUUCUUAAAAGAUUUAACAAGCCUAUAAAAUUAUAUAUAAUUGGUUAAUUUAAUGUGGAAAGAAUAUGAAUAAUCUUCAUUAUUUGAUGAAAUGGAUUAGUAGCUUUAUUUUACAGAGAUAGUAUUUAUUUGCUAUUCGAUAUCAAUUUUCUUAUUUUUGGUAUUUAUCUGGUUGAAUGUUUAUUUAAAUUUGAAAAGAGAUUCAAGAUGGGUCAAUGGAUUUAUUCUUCUAAUUCCAAUUUAAAUGCUCAGAGAAAAUUAAUAUCUUAGAAGCUAUCUCAAAAGAAAGCUCCAAAUCAAUAGUUUAAGUUACGCCUGA